AGAGGUAUAAUGGGAACAAGUGAAGAGGUGAGCAAAGGGUUUCAGCAUAUAGUGGGAGUGUGAGAAAACUGAAAAAAACAAAAGGAAAAAAGGCGGCAUCUUUGUUCUUGGGGUUUCUAUGGAGUUGUGUCUGUAAGGAGUGAGGAGAAUAUUCAGAUCUGCCCUUUUAGAUUUUCUUCUAAAAAAGGUUUAUAAAGUGUUUUUUUCUUGUAAAGAAGUGGAUUGUGGGCACAUUAUGAAGUGGAAUCCUGGAUUUGAAGCCAAUAAAAAAGAUUGAAACUUUGAGACUGGGAUUCUUGGUUUUGAUUGAAGUGUAUAGAGGAUGCAUGGGAUUUCAGCUUCGGAGGGAUUAAGUGAAGCUGAAAAUGGAUAUUCGGGAAGACCACACUAGAUUUGGGCCGUUUUCGAAUAAAACAUCCAGGAAUCUGUCAUCAUCAUCAUCAGCAUUUUUCUCAGCAAAUCAAUCGCCAUUCUUCUCUCCAAAAUCAGCAACUGGCCGUUUAUCCACACAUUCUGACAAUGCCGCCAGCACAAAUGUAGAUAAAGUAGAUGCAAAUCUGGGGAAUGCAGAAUCAGAAAUUUUUACUGGUGUUAGAUUUUCCUCAGAAGAUGUAUGUCCUGGUGCUGAAGCAUGUACUUCGAAUGACCCCCAGAAGUUAGAGAAUGUUUCUUCUUCGGCUGGAAUAUCUAGAAGUCCCUUAUCAAGUAAUGAAGUUUUUUAUCAAAAUGAUUACUCUAGACAUAAGGGUAAAGCCAAGAAAGUCGAGAGGUUACUUGAAAUCUCAGUUCCUCCAACUUCCUUCUCCUCUAGUAGAUUGAGGAGCUGUGAUGUGUACAUCGGCUUUCACGGCCGCAAACCUUUAUUGCUUAGGUUUACUAAUUGGCUGCGGGCGGAGUUAGAGGUUCAAGGUUUGAGCUGUUUUAUAGCAGACAGAGCUAGAUGUCGUAAUUCUCGUAAACACAGCAUUGUUGAGAAAGCUAUGGAUGCUAGUACAUUUGGAGUCAUUAUUUUGACCAGGAAAUCAUUCAAGAACCCAUACAGCAUCGAAGAACUGAGAUUUUUUUCCAGCAAGAAGAACUUAGUUCCUGUAUACUUUGAUUUGCGUCCAGACGACUGCCUUGUCAGAGACAUAAUUGAGAAAAGAGGAGAGAUUUGGGAAAAAUAUGGUGGUGAACUAUGGCUAGUCUAUGGAGGACUUGAGAAGGAAUGGAGAGAUGCUGUCACUGCCCUUUCCCGUGUCGAUGAGUGGAAACUAGAGGCUCAUGAUGGGAAAUGGAGGGAUUGCAUAUUAAGAGCUGUUACUCUUUUGGCGUUAAGAUUGGGAAGGAGAAGUAUUGUAGAUAGAAUAACCAAAUGGAGAGAGAAAGCAGAGAAAGAAGAGUUCCCAUUCCCACGAAAUGAUAACUUCGUUGGUAGGAAAAAAGAGUUGUCCGAGCUGGAGUUCAUGCUCUUCGGUGAUGUUAGUGGAGAUGCCGAGCGAGACUAUUUUGAACUCAAGGCCAGACCAAGGCGGAAGAACUUGACAAUUGCCUGGGGAAGGACUAGUUCAAUAGAUGAAAAGCGAAGGGAUCGACAAAGCGAGAGUAGCAAACAGAAGGGAAAAGAACCAGUUGUGUGGAAGGAAUCAGAAAAGGAAAUUGAAAUGCAAAAUACUGAGUUUUCUCAACCACAACGGCACACGCCAAAGUUGAAGAGUGGUGGAAAGCAUGGACGGAGGAAACUGAUGAAAGUUGUUUAUGGAAGGGGAAUUGCUUGUGUAUCAGGCGACUCAGGCAUCGGGAAGACAGAGCUGCUUUUAGAGUUUGCUUACCGGUUUCAUCAGAGGUAUAAAAUGGUCCUAUGGAUAGGUGGGGAAAGCAGAUACAUCCGUCUGAAUUAUAUGAACUUAUGGCCGUUCCUAGAAAUUGACGUGGGCGUGGAGAGCUCCACGGAAAAGGGACGGCCGAAGGGCUUUGAGGAGCAAGAGGAAGCAGCAAUUGCCAGAAUCCGAAGGGAGCUCAUGAGGAACAUUCCUUUUCUAGUCGUAAUCGACAAUUUGGAGAACGAGAAAGACUGGUGGGAUCACAAACACUUAAUGGAUCUGCUACCCCGAUUCGGAGGGGAGACACACGUUAUCAUAUCCACACGCCACUCCUGGAUAUUGAAUCUUGAGCCUUUGAAACUAUCUUACUUAUCAGGGGUUGAGGCAAUGUCUUUAAUGCUGGGCAGUCUUAAAGAUCAACCAAUUACAGAAAUCGAUGCUCUACGGGUUAUUGAGGAAAAACUCGGAAGGCUAACUCUAGGCCUAGCUAUAGUCGGAGCUAUUCUCUCCGAGCUUCCCAUUAAUCCAAGUAAGCUUUUGGAUACCAUAAAUCGGAUACCUUCCAGGGUUUUAACAUGGAGCGGUCGCGAAAAUCAUUCACUCCGACGUAAUAAUUUCCUUUUGCAGCUUUUUGAAGUUUGCUUCUCCAUAUUUGACCACGCAGAAGGACCAAGGAGUUUGGCGACUAGAAUGGUCCUGGCAAGCGGUUGGUUCGCACCAGCACCAAUACCAGUAACCAUUCUAGCUCUAGCUGCUCAGAAAAUACCCGAGAAACACCACCGUCGUCGCUUAUGGAGAAAGAUCUUGCGUUCCUUAACAUGUGGCUUCACAUCAUCAUAUGCUCGGAGAUCAGAAGCAGAAGCAUCUUCAUUGUUGUUGAGAUUCAAUAUGGCAAGAAGUUGUACGAAAGACGGUUGCAUUCAGUUCAACCAUCUCAUCAAGCUUUAUGCACGAAAGAGAGGAAUCACGGGAGCGGCCCGAGCCAUGGUACAGGCUGUGAUUAGUCGAGGGUCGAUAUUUCAGAACCCAGAACACAUAUGGGCAGUAUGUUUCCUGCUCCUCGGAUUCGGGAAGGACCCAAUAGUCGUCGAGCUGAAAGUGACAGAACUAUUGUUUCUUGUGAAAGAAGUGAUUCUGCCACUAGCCAUAAGGACAUUCAUUACGUUCUCCAGGUGCAGUGCUGCGUUGGAGUUGCUACGACUAUGUACAGAUGCUUUAGAAGCAACAGAUCAAACGCUCGUCACCCCAGUUGACAAAUGGUUGGAUAAGUCCCUUUGCUGGAAACCAAUCCAGACAAACGCUCAGUUGAAUCCUAACCUUUGGCAGGAUCUUGCAUUGGCUAGAGCUAAUGUGCUGGAAAUCAGGGCUAAGCUAAUGGCAAGAGGGGGGAAAUUUGAUAUUGGGGAUGAUCUUAUUAGGAAGGCUGUUUUCAUUAGAACUUCUAUAUGCGGUGAAGAUCAUCCCGACACGGUAUCUGCUCGUGAGACUCUUAGCAAACUCACUAGACUUCUUGCUAGUGCCCAAACUCAUACUUCACAAUAGAUUUUGAUCUUGUGGUCUCAGUUCAUAGUAGAGAUAUAGUACAGAGCUCUGAAAUAAGUUGCUUUAUAAAAUUUAAGAAAAUUUUAUACCAUUCUUAACUUAAGAGUUUUUGCAUUUUAUACUGCUGUACAUAUAACAUUUACUGCACUUUGCUAAAGUAAUUUGAUUAGCUUCUU